CGGGAAGCGCGAGCGUGUGUGAGUGAGUGAGGAGGCGAUCUAUAAUCCCCCGCUUCCAGAUUAACCCUGUGAGGGUCGAGAUGAAGAACCCGGUAAACGUGCUGCGUUUGCCCAAGGGUCCGGACCCCAACAGCCGCGGGUUUGACCCCACCUCCCCCCGCUACGUCGCCCUUUGUCCCUCGUCCAUCCCGGCGUCCCAAGCGAGCAGCGCUGACCUCGAGGACGAGCAGAGACUGCGCUCAGAGCUGCGAGAACGUUUCCUCAGGACUCUUAUCUCCAUGACCGACAAACGGGUUCACUUCAGGAUGUUCGAGAGAGUGGAAGUACAGGCGAAGUUUGGAGCCUCGGACAUCGAUGUGCUGAACUUCCAGGUGUCUGAGCUGCAGACCCCGCUGGGCGUCCAGAAGGAGGCAUUACUCAGGAGUCAGGAUGUGAUCUCGUACUCGUUUAACGUGUGAAACUGUAAAGGUUCUAGAGAGGGACUGUGUGUAGUUCUGGUUUGUGCCACAAGAGGGAGGCAGUAGCAAGUUACUCUGGAGGAGGUUCCGGAGUUUCGUACUCUUAAUGCUUACGGGGGUUGGAAGGGGAGGUGCACUAAAUUUAAGUAGAAACAAAAUAAAAUUGAAAAGUAACAAUCUGUACAA